UAAAAUUAACUUCGCAUUUUUAAAUUAAGUAAAAUUGAAUAAACAAAAAAGCAUGUCCACCGACGUUGAGCCUGCCACGACAGCUGAUAAGUUCUCCGCCAAUGCAGAAGAAUUGGAAAGCUACUAUUUAUUGCUGGAAUCGGGCACAAUACCAGACCUACAAUGGCAAUUCCCUGGCCGGCGUGCUCCAUCUCCAGAUGCCAGUACGAGUGGCAACAGCAAAGAGCUAGAAGUUGCCGCCGAAGCCGUGGAGCAAGAACCACAGAAAAACAAUGAUUUCGAUUUUAGCGAUGAUGUGGCGCCCACACAAAUGCGCGUCAGGAGUCAAACAUCCACACCAAAGUCGGCCAAGAAGAAGACGGCGAACUUUGCUGGUGUUUUGGAAACAUUGAAAAAGCAAAAACAGACAACAAAAACCGAUGGUUCCUAGCAGGAAUAUGGUGGGCAUAAUGGACAUUGGGCAAACACUUUGUGAGCAUUGCCUAACUGUUAAAUUAUUCCCAAAUUACGUUAGGCAUUCAAUAAGUUAUGUUAACUCCACAAUUAUUUUCAGCAUACAAUUUUAAGAGCAGAGUUUUAAUUCAAACAUAUAUAGCUCAUUCUCAAAAUUGUAAUAUUAGACUUAUUGAAAUAGACUAGACUAGAUCUUUUGUAUGAUAUUUUUAC